GUGGGGACAGUGGGCGCCUCCACUCGCGGGCUGGGGGGAAGGGGUUUAGGAAUACUCACGGCCUGAGCAGCCGCCGCCGCUGCACAGUGCAGUGUGGCGAUGUUAUGCCAAGCGUUACACACACACUUAUGAUAUUGGCACAACGAUUCGUUGUGAGGGCACAGAGUCAGACACCCGGCGCUACGUUAUUACACCUCUACCUCCCCGUGCUCGGCAGUGGUUUGGCCCGGAGGGCUCUGGGCGGGAGCAGUCAGUAGGUGACGCAGCGGCGGCCAUUUUAUCCCUGUGUGUGAGUGUUGCUGGCUGCCUGCUACUGUUCUCUCCGGGCUGAGCAGACGCUGGAUCCGCUGUUCCGGCUGUGCGUCUGCGCCGCCCUCCCUGUAUAACUCCUCCGUGACGGACUAGGGGUCCCGGCUAGCUCCAGCGCCUCCCUCCCACAAGCUGAGAGCAGUGCGUGGCACCGAGGCCCUCGCCCGCUCCUCCCUCUCUCGCCGCCGCCUCCUUCCCCUCUCCCAGCGCGACCUCCGGUCCGGAGUAUGGGUGGGUCGGGGUGGAGUAGGGUGCGCAGCCCGCUGAGCACUGCCGCUCACAAGCAGAGGGCUCCGCUGGGGUCCCUGGUGUUCUCUUGACAUGGAUCCAGCCGGAGCUCCCGCCCUCACCGCCGCCAGCCUCCCCCCCGCAGAGACCGCUGAGCCCAGCAGCAGACAGCAGCCACAAAGCGAUGAGCAGUACCGGUAGCCGGCGUGGCUAGAACACCAGAGCGACCACCCCCAGCCAUACUCCCUGUUUGUUUCUUCUUGUCGCCUCUUAUCGCGACAUGACCGCCCCAGUCCCUUAUCGCUGAGCCUGCAGUUAGGGAGCCUGAGCAGAGGGAAUCGGUGACCGGAUCAGCGAGGACAGGCGCCCUCUACCCCUCUACUGCCUUACCCCUGCCCCGACAUCAUGGUGUCCCUCCCCGGGGGGUGUCCGCUGGACUCGCACAUGGGCUUCCUCUCUGCCCCUAAGGCCGCUACCUUGGGGCGACUCAACCUGUGCUGUGAGCAGCCCACCCCAAGCUGCUGUCAUCGGGAGAAAUACUAGCAGCGAGUGUCCGCAGUGUAGAGGAAGAAGGGGCACAGCAUCGUCUCUCUGGCUCAGUAUGUGUAGUGCAGGCCUGGGGCUGGCCGCUCCGAGAUCUCUCUCCUCCAUCUGAGCAGGGGGGCUACAGUAACAUGCCUAGGCGGGAUGGCUUUUGAUUUUAUGGUACAGGCUGAAAGCAAGAAACAUCUUUAUUUUUUCACCACCGUGCCCCUAGUGUUUUAACAUGUUUUUGGUUAUCUGUUCAUAUAUGUGUGUAUGAUGCCUCUUUCAGUUUCAUCAGAAAAUACCACUUUGUCAUGGCUGUACAGCCUUUACAUUUCUUGACCCUGGUAGUGCUAUGGCCCUGUCACGCGUUGCCUAAGUAGUGAUUUAGGUUGCAUUGACCUGAUUAAGUAAUUUAAAGGAGGUAACAUGACUUCUUUCUGUUGAACUGGUGUCCUACCUGCACAUAAAAAUUACCCGCAAUUAGUGACAAGUACACAAGUUCCAUAGGCAUUAGCCGGCUAUAUUGCAAUAAUGGGGGACCCAAACUCUCGUAAGAAGCAGGCUUUGAACAGACUGCGCUCUCAGCUAAGGAAGAAGAGAGAGUCUCUAGCUGACCAGUUUGACUUCAAGAUGUACAUCGCCUUUGUGUUUAAAGAUAAGAAAAAGAAGUCUGCUCUCUUUGAGGUGGCUGAUGUUAUACCGGUUAUGACUAAUAAUUAUGAGGAAAAUAUUCUGAAAGGUGUGCGGGAUUCCAGCUAUUCUUUGGAAAGUUCCCUUGAGCUUCUGCAGAAGGAUGUAGUACAGCUUCACGCACCUCGCUAUCAGUCCAUGCGCAGGGAUGUAAUUGGGUGCACUCAAGAGAUGGACUUUAUACUUUGGCCUCGGAAUGAUAUAGAGAAGAUUGUCUGUCUUCUGUUUUCAAGAUGGAAGGGAUCAGAGGAGCCCUUUAGGCCUGUUCUGGCCAAGUUUGAAUUUCAUCAUGGUGAUUAUGAAAAACAUCUUCUGCAUGUACUUAGCCGUAAUGACAAGACUGGAAUUGUUCUGAACAAUCCUAACCAGUCCGUGUUCCUCUUCAUUGAUAGACAGCACUUGCAGACUCCUAAAAGCAAAGCCACAAUCCUCAAGUUAUGCAGCAUCUGUCUCUACCUGCCACAGGAACAGCUCACCCAUUGGGCGGUUGGCACCCUUGAGGAUCACCUCUGCCCAUACAUGCCUGAAUAAGGUUGUGACCAGUCAAACUGGGAAGAUCAGAUAUUAGUGGCAAUUUAUUUUUCUUCUCCAGAUUCCAGAAGAAUAUGGACUCAUGCUCAGAACACUUGUAUGUUGUGAACCUUCAUGCUGGAUAUUUUGUUUUGUUUUUUUCUUAAUUUUAUUUCUUUGUUUUGUUUUUUGUUUUCCAUUACUAUGUAUCUGGACUUUUUUAUUUUUUCUGCAUGGACCUUGUGAAAAAGAAAUGAUGUUCUGCAACAUCUUUUGCUUUAGUCUCGUAAAAUGUGAAAUAAUGGGACUGUGGCACACUGAAUCAAAUGUAUCAGUAAGCACAAGGUAUUAUUUGUUUUGGUGGUCUUCCCAUUUGCACUGGUCAUGUCCCCUAACAAAGUUUAGAGAGUUAGUCUACAAUUUUGAGGCUGAAACAUGAAUGUAACAGGUAUAGAAGCUUCACUGCUUUACCAAACUAUGAAAGCACUAUCUGAAUCGCUUCAAAGAAGCAAGGAUUUGUUGCAGUAAAAUGAAGGCUGGCUUUGGACAGAUAUAGGAAAAUAAAUCCUGAUUAUUCAGCAUUUGCUUUCAUAUCUUAGUUCAUUUUCGCAGGGAUGAGAAAGUGUACAGGCACUUAAAAAUUUGAUCUCUUUUCCCAGUUGCUGCAUACCGAUCUGCAUUUCCCACUGAGGAUGCGUUGACAUUAAUAUAGCCUAGCAGACGGCAGUAGCUAUAUUAAAUAUUAUAAGUCAAGUACUUGGGCACUGUGGAAACCAUAUCUUUUUAGAUAGAGGAAUUGAGACAGAAACCUGCUGGUGGUUUUUUUUUUUUGCAGUUAUUACUUUGUUCUGAAAUAAAGUAAUACAUCUACGAACUCCUGGUGGGUUCUAGAAACUAAGUUAUAAAGCAGUUGCAAACUGUAAAUGAAAGUUGACAUGUGCAAAGUUGGAUCAGAGGAAUUUUUAUUUUGUGCAAUGAAAAUAAGGUUGACUACUGUAUUUUGAGAGAACGCUUUGCUUAAAAGGUUACAAUACCUUUUUGAUUAGACUCGUAUAUGCCUGAUCCUGUUGGCUAAUACUAGUGCUUACCUGGUUUAAAUUUGUAUCUAGCUUUUGUUUGAAAUUGGAUUACAAUGGAAAUUUAAAACUAAAUGAGAUUAAAUCUGAAUGUUCAGCUGUAGUCUAAUUUCUGCAAUGCUGAAAUAAAUGAAGUUUUUAUUUCUGCUA